CGUCGUUUUAAGGAAUCUAAAGGACGGAAGAACUGAUCAAACUAGAGCAUUUUUAAAGCACUUUCGUCAACCAUUCAGUUUUUGUUGACAACUUGCAGUUAAAUUUUCAGAUUGCUUUCCCACAGGCAGUUUGAAACUGACCGGGUUGUAUCGGGUUGGGUCAUCUUGUUGGUUGUAACCGGUAACAGUAGGUAAAUCACUUGCUUUAAAAUCAUGGAAGGGGUGAAGAAAAUUUACAACAACAUUACGAAAUCUCCGCGUGACGAUCGCAUGUACCGAGGUGUAGAACUCUGUAACAACAUGAAAGUUCUUGUGAUCAGUGAUCCAUCAACUGAUAAAUCUGCGGCAGCUUUGGAUGUUCACAUUGGUAGUAUGAGUGAUCCAUCUGAACUGCCAGGGCUUGCUCAUUUCUGUGAACACAUGCUGUUUUUGGGCACAAAGAAAUAUCCAUCGGAGAAUUCAUUUACUCAGUUUUUAAGUGAGAAUGGUGGAUCCUCUAAUGCUUUCACUAGUGCAGAACAUACAAAUUUUUUCUUUGACAUUAAACACGAAUGUCUACAGGAAGCCUUGGAUCGGUUUGCACAGUUUUUUCUAUGUCCACUGUUUAAUUCAGAUGCAACAGAAAGAGAAGUCAAUGCUGUUGACUCAGAACACUGUAAGAAUGUCUUGAGUGAUUCUUGGAGACUAAACCAGUUGGACAAGUCUUCAGUCAGUCCAUCCCAUCCUUACAGUAAAUUUGGAUCAGGUAACAAAGUUACUCUUGACGUCAAACCAAAAGAGAAUGGACUUUGUGUGCGUGAUGAGUUACUGAAAUUUCACAGUUCAUAUUACUCAGCUAAUAUCAUGGCAUUGACCAUUCUAGGCAGAGAUUCUCUUGACGACCUGACAAACCUGGUUAUAAAGCUCUUUUCAGACACAGAAGAUAAAAACGUAUCAAUUCCAGAGUUUCAUGAUCAUCCUUAUGAUGAUGAGCAAGUACAGCUGAGUAUCUGA